CCACCAAUGAGAAGAAAUUAUUGACUUUAGCAAUGGUACUUGCUAGGCAGUGGUGUACUCAUUUUAUGAAACUGAAUCACCCUUAUAUUGUCGUGGAAGUAGCUCAAUGUUACCUUGCAAUUCAUGAGGUGAUCACCAAGAUGGAAACUAUGAUGAGGUGGCCAACACUCACCUAUGAGAAAGAGCUGCAAAUGGCCUUGCUCCCAAUCCACCAAUCCAUUAUCAUCCAAACGGAUCAAAAGAGCUCCAUAUGGCUAUUAGAAGGCAAAGCGACAAUGCCUUGCCUACAGUUUUGGUUAUCCAAUCUAAUGAGCUAUAUUUAUGGGGUUCACUACAAACAAGGACAUGAAGAGGGGCAAGAUCAGCUGAGGAGGAGCUCUUCUCUGUUGGAUGAUAUCAAACAAAGUUGGUUUCUUGGCCCUAAACUGCAGGAAUACAAUCAGCAACUCCAGCCAUCACAGAUCUCUACUAAGGUGUGGAAUUGGAGAGAGGUUUUUAGGGGCUUCAUAGUGGGACUGCCAAAAUCUCAGGUGAUUCCAAUAACCAUCCUCAACUUUGAGCUGUUUGGAAGAAACCCAAAACAGAUGCAUGUUAAGAGAAUUUGGGAUCCAGGUAUCUCGGCCCUUCCCAAGUUCUGUCCAAAGAGGGUGCAAUGGAAGCAACUUAGACAAACUGAAUGGAUCAACAAGCAUUUGGAAACCUACCUCAGGGGGAUGUGCUUCCACAAUCCAAAGCCUUGCUUGUCUGGAGAAACUAAUGUGAAGAUAGUGGACAGGUCCUUACAGCAGGGGGAGGAUAUAGCUAUGUUUAACCAAUUGAAAUGGCAGUUACAAAGGGCACAAAGCCAAAUGCAGCUGUUAGCCAGCCACUUAAGUCCAGUAAAAGAUGGGGCUUGCCUUUUGGGCCUUUUUCAUGUUAUUUCUAAAGAGGGAAAGGUGGUCUACAAACUUCAUCUUCCACCCAAAUUUAAGACUCACUCUCAGCCUAAAGCUAAUAAGAAGAUUUCUGAAAAGAGCAAACACAGAAGGGGUGCCGUUCUAGUGAGUUGGCAAGAGAUUCUAGUUGAAGAAACAACGUGGGAGUGGUCUGUUGAUUCCAUGAAGAAGGUUCCAACGUCCAGCUUUGAGGACAAAGCUUUGGCUAAGGGGGAAGGAAUGAUGCGGGCUUUACUCAAUUACUGCUGGAACUCCAUUGAUAUGAGCCUCGGAACUCUCUUCUUCCUUGAAGAGUUCCCACGCCUGUAUCA